GUCGUUUGUGAACACAGCGGUUCCCUCUGGCGGCGUGUUGAGGGACGCGCUGAAAAUGACAAAAUGGCUGAUCGCGUUAUUCAUGGCACUUGUAGCUAGCCUUGUUUGAGCGAUGGCCUUGGCUAAGACGCCAGUGGAAAUGGAAAACACAUGUGAACUGCUAUUUUUCGACACAUUUUCCCACGAAAGCAAUGAGGAGACGAACCUGGAUUUGGUCCAGUUUCCGAAUCCGGUCUACAUUCAUGAGAUUCGGAUAAUCCCUCUCGGAGCCCGAGUCCAGGCGGACUUCCCGGGGGGUCAUCGCCUCGGUGCUACAAAUCCAUCGCAGUUCCAGGUGGAAUUUUUUGUGAAUGACUUAAGCAAGAGGAGUGCCAGCACGUUUGAUCGACUUGGGAGUUUUGAAUACAAGCAAAAUGUGGACAUACAGUUCCUUACAAAAGAGGUUCUGACGGACGGCCUGGUGUUGCGUGGGUGGUACAGCACCAUCACGUUGGCCGUGUAUGGCAUCAUCAACAAGGUUGUCAGGGAGCCGCCAUCACCACCGCCGCCGCCUCCACCUCAAGCUGCCCUACCAAACAAAAUGAAGGAAGGCAUUCCCAAGUCCAAGUGGAAACUUUGCACCAUGGUUGCCUCUUGGUUGGACAGUGUUAAUAACCUGGAGGAGCCACCACAGAGACCACCCGUCUUUGAGCGUGCUCCGGAGCCCAUUCCGCUGGUCCCCUUGGAGUGGUCAUCUCAGCAGGGUACAAUGACAGACCACCGCAAAGGUCCGGACCACCCUGGCCCAUAUGGAGACCCCCGUGCGCCACCAGGGUACCCUUCGACCUUCCCGCCCAAGGGUUGGCCGUCUCCUGGUUCUCAGGAGUCUCCUCACACUGCUGGUGCCCAGCGGGGUUGGGAGGGCGGCACACCCCCUUCAGCGUCCCACGCUCAGCAGAAGGCUCUUCUGCCCGUUCCGCAUGUUCAGCCGAAGACAAUUCAGCAGUCCUCUCGCUUCCUUUCUCCAAACACUGACUCUCAAGAACGGUACACGCCACCUCCACCGGUGCAGCGCGACCAACGAGAUCAGCGCGAUCAACGGGACCAGCGAGAUCUGCGUGAUCUGCGGGAACAACGUAACCAGCAUGACCAGCGGGAUCGUGAACAGCGAGAUCGUGAACAACGGGAUCGUGAACAGCGGGACCGUGAACAGCGGGACCGUGAACAGCGGGAUCGUGAACAGCGGGAUCGUGAACAGCGGGAUCGUGAACAGCGGGAUCGUGAACAGCGGGACCGUGAACAGCGGGACCGUGAACAGCGAGACCGUGAACAGCGAGAUCGUGAACAGCGGGAUCGUGAACAGCGUGACCUGCUGCGUGACCAGCCAGUCAUUGAAACGCAAGGGCAGGACAGGGACGGUGGCUCCGGUGGGAAGCAACGGAGGGAGCGGGAGGUGGUUCAGCAGAAGGAACACGAGGAUCCCAGGAGGCGCGGCAGCGGAAGCAGUGAAGGCAUGAUCCGGGUCCUGGAUCCCCGGCGUCCAGCAUCGCCACCACCACCACGACCCGCUUCUCCGCCGCCGCAGCUGCGCCCUCGCACACCGCCAAGAACUCCUCCGUGCACCCCGCCUCCGCGCUCCCCGCCACCCCACACCGACGACGACCUUCAGGUUCUGCCGAGGGGUCCCCGGACGCCCAAGGAGGAAGAGCCGGACGAGGCCCUGUCGCCGGCCGAGACUCCACCCCCCAAACCCGUGGCCCCGGCCCCGGCGAAACCGGCAACGCCCAAGACGUCUCCACCGAACAUGAUCAUGGCGGCGCCAAUACCAACCAUCCAGACGGUGUGCGCAGUGCCACCGGCGGCGACGGUGAUCCCGAUGGAACCGGUGGUGGAAGGUCGUUUGGAAGACGACGACGACCUGUUCGAGACAAUCAGUCCGGACGCGUCGCCGGAGGCUUUUCAGGAGGGCUCCGAGGGCGAGCCGCCGGUGGGGGUUGCCAUGGUGGGACUGGACGAUGACGACAACGGCUUCGAGGAGAUUUCUAGUGAGGAGGAGCCGUACCUCUCGGACAGCGACACUGGCAUUGGCAUGGUGGACGUUGACUAUGACGUUGGCGAGGAUUCAUGGAACUACCUGUCAACCUUUGACCCUUUCCAGUGUGAGCUGCUGCCCUUGCAGCACUUCAAAGAUCCCAGCCUUACUCCGUACGAAGUAGAAAAGCUGAAGACUGGCGGCCAACCUCACGAACUGUCCGAUGACUUUCGUAAGGUGGUGGACAGCCUUUCUGCCUUUGCUGAGAAGGAACACAAUGAAAGGUGGGUGGAGGCGCUUGAAAAUGCAACCACCAACCUGAGUCCAGAUGCCUUGGCUGAGCUUUUUGGGAACAAGGAUUUGGAAGCUGCAGCCAGCUCGCUGCUUGACUGGGUCGAGGAAGGGCUCAGCUUGAAAGCUGCACUGAGCCAGUUGCAGCCGGCGUACAAGGUGCGUCACAUGAAAGCCGGCAUCCGCAUGGCCACCAUGCUCUUCCUCACUGGAGAGGACAUCAUCUCGAGGCUACUGGAGCGACAGAUUCCGGGCAAGCUGUUGGAGCUGUUCAUGGCACCAUACAUGUCACUGCCCCUGAAGCUUCAUAUACUGCGAGCAUUGGAUGCGGCCACCUACACACGAGCAGGCAUGCAGGAGCUUUUUGCGACCAAGAUGCUAGCACCUCCAGAGGCCAACGUGCAGAUCGACCUCUCUCUGAUUGCCGAGCCGCUUGAUGAACUCUAUGAGAGCAAAAAAUCCGAGAUGUUGACUGGCUACCAAGUUUUGCUGAAGCUGUUGUUCCUGAAGCAGUCAACAAGGGCUACCGUUGCCCUGACAGCGCUCCUGAAGAAGUUGCACCUCUAUGACCUCUUGUGCAUGCUUCACACGUCCGUGGACAAAAUUGUACAAGACACAGAUCUGCGUGAGGUCAAGGAGAAGGAUGAAGAGGGCACGGAGCGGACAAGGCUAGAAGUUGAGACGGGUCAAGCGGCACACUGCACUUCUGAGGACCUGGACAAAGCUGCCGUCUGCCUGGACUUGCUGUGUCGCACCUACCGCAAGGCGCACAAGGAAGUGGCCCAGCCCCUGCGGUACCUGCCAGCACAGAGCCGCUUUGAAGCGCCCCAGACACCCUUUGACCCUUACCCGGCACUCUUCCGCAUGUUCAAGGAAAACCAUCUUCUGGAGAUGAUGAGUCUUCUGGCCUCCUCUCCUGUGUCCUCCUCGCACACGGGCGUCGCUUUUGCGCUGCGGGAAUUCCUGGCAGUGCUCCUGAAGACGCGUCCUGGAAUGCUGUUUUUCCUUUCGGACCACGAAGCAGCCAACUGCCUUCAUCGUGCCUUACUUCAGGAGGAGUCUGGUCCAGUUGGCAUGGAGGACAGUGUGUACCAUCAAGUGGGUGUGCAUCUGGUGUAUCACCUGCAGACACUGCAGCAUGUGGAUUCCCUCUUGGCCUACCACAGCAAAGGGGGAGUGAAGAGGGAGCUGGACGACGCGGAGGUGGUGACGUGUCUGCACGACCUGUACACGGUGCUCUUCUCGGACGUUGGGCGGGCUGCCGUGGUGGACGUCUUGGCCAUGCACGACAACUUGGACGCGCUGGUGCCCUUCCUUCGACUCACGGGUGACAUGGACUUCGACACACGACUGUGCAAGUCGGUGUGUGCUGGCUAUGCCACUGAGUUGCUGCUGCUGACAGUGCACAACUCUGACAGUGCCCACCUGCUGAAGAACUACUCGGACGUCCUCUAUCAACUCAGCCAGCAGGAAAUGACGCCGCGGUUGCAAGAGCUGUCGGCAUGGAUAGAGCCCACACGGAAGCUGCCUUCCUACACGCACGAGUCGGUCACCUUCCUCAUGGGCUGCGUGAAGAAAGCCGCCGAAACAGCCGCUUUGCUGCCGCCAGAACUGGUCACUGCUCUGCGCAUUCUGCGUCACCUUGGACUCCCCCCCAGGGACUUCCGAUCCGGAGAAUCAGAUGACGAAGAGGAGCUCAAGUACAAGUAUGUAAUCAUGCAGAUUUUUGCAAAUGAUGGACUCUCCUGUUUCCUGACUAUCCUUCAGAAAAUUUCGGAGGAGUAUUUGAAGCCUUACCAUGGACCGGCUUCGCUCGUCGGUCAGCAGGGAGCCCAAGUAGUGGCUACUGUAAAGCCAGUGGUGAACCUUCUCCAAUUUAUGCUGGGCUACCUGAUCUCCUGCAGAGGCACGGAGUUCAAAGACGUCACAGCUGUGCCAGUGCUGCUCCAGACCUUCACACUGCUGGGAAUGAUCCCUGCAUCCUCACCACUGCGUAGCUUAGCACUGAAGGUUCAAGUGGAAAUUGUGGAGACCUUGCUGACGUACACCCAGCCACACCUGAGCUCUGCCGAAACAGAAGAAGCUCUGAACAAGAGCCUCUGGACACAGAUGAUCUCUGAGGUGCUCAAGUAUACCCUGCGGGCACCGUACACAUUCGUCACUGGACUGACAGUUCUGUCGGAGCUGCUUCCUCUGCCGUUGCCACUUCAGAUUAGGGAGCCUUUGAGCAGCGAUGACCUUCCCAAGGUGGUCAACAGCCGUAAACUGUGGAGCGCCUAUCUUCACUCCUUGAGUGCCGACAUCCAGGAGAUUGUUGGCACACUGAGCUACUCAACCUGUCCGACGGUGCAGCAGCUGUUCCGUCGGGUGUGCAUUCAGCUGUCGGACCUUGCCGCCCCGUCCGCAUCCGUGGUGGCCCGUGCCCUCCUGGACAUGCUCUACUCUUCCCUGGCCGAGCCCCCUUUCCCUGGGUCCUCUCCCCCCGUGCCGAUGGUGGACCCGCAUCGGACCACAAUCGUCGGCGACGACAUCCGCGGCACCGCCAGUCUCGCCGCUCCGGCGACAGUCCUCCCUCCCGUACCCAAGCUGCUGCCAUCCAGUAGCACCAUCCUUGUGCUACUAGACCAGUUCUGCUUCCUGGUCAGCCACGGUCCAUUCAAGGUGGCCGUCCUGCACGCCCUCAAGGGCAGCCCCAAGUAUGGAGAGCUGUUCACCUACCUGCUCGGACUGCUGAACCUUUCCAGCGAUGAGCUCUCUCACAUUCAUACUCAGGAGUGCAUCUUGUCGGUUGUCCAGGCACUCUGUGACCCCGAUAUUGCCCUCACCCCGAUUGAGGAAAAUUUGUCUGGAAUGUCAACAACACAGGCAAACGAAUCUGCCAAAGGGAGUGCGGAAGAAAAGCCGGACUUGGCUGUCCUCUUGAAAAAGCUGGCAAACUCGGUGCCGCCGAAGGAGCAGUUGCAGGCAAUCUGCUCGACACUCGUGCACCACAUUGGAACUGCAUCGCAUAGCUACAGCUCGGUCCUGCUGGCUGUCCGGGUGCUGGUGAUGCUCACUGAGCACGACUUCGGCUUCUUCUGCAUCAAGACGGCCCUGGAGAGGGAACCGGAGAGCCUGUGCCUUCUGCUGGACCGUCUGAGCGCAACCUUUGACAAGGACAACGCAGACUCCCUGUCAACAUUGUCGGCGUGCCUCGAGCUGAUGUGGCUGCUGUGCGUGCCCGAAGAAGAAGGUCCGCUUGGACAGCUACGCAGUCUUCGGCUGGGGCCCGGGGAACUUGCUUCUCUCAUCAACUGGAAGGGCAAGACGCACCUUGAAUGUCACCCACUGUUGCGGCUCGAGAAGCUGCUUGGCGAGUGCUCCAGAGAAGAAGAGGCACUGGAGAGCUUGCUGGCAAGCAUUGCAAGCCAGUUGGAGUACUUGGGCCGAGCAGCAUCUAGCUCCGACAGGGAGAUGCUGGAACCGAUGCUGCCAGCUCAGGACGGCCUCUCGGCCCAGUUUGGUUUGCGGACGGUCUACUUGCUCGGUGAGAUUGACGAGGAGCGGCUCAGUCCUUCUUUCUGGCUGGCUGCAGCUGUCGACGACUCUGAGCAGGAACCUGAACAGGUUGAAGUGGACCUCGCGUCCAUGAUGGAGCGGACUCUACCAGAUUUCAACCUCAAGAGCGAGCUAGAAAAGCUUAUCCUUUCCGGGGAAGAGGAAACGGGCAGCUCCAAAUCUCCACUUGUGAACAAGCGCAAGUUGAUGCUUGGUGCGGAAGCCAUGGAACCUACCACUAAGAAGCCCUUCAUUGCCCCCAUGAGGGGCAGGGGCUUCUCCCGAGGGGGCAUGGGGCACACGUCAAGGGCCAACGACCCAUUCCGGUCACGGCCCCCCAACACAAGUCGACCCCCCUCUAUGCACGUGGACGACUUCCUGGCUUUGGAAUCUCACCAGCACCCCCUGGCCACGGGUGUUGCCAAGAGGCCCAUCAAGGAGGUUGUGAGCGUUCACGGACGUGGCCGCAGCGACGUGGGUGGCGAAGUUGCUGUGUUUGAUGCGGGGCGUCCCAUGCCGAACCGCGGCGGUGCAGGCCGCUUCUUCUCCCCGCCUGGGCUGUAUGGACGCAGGGAACCGUCGCGCAUGGAUGGCCGAGACUUUGGCGCACCUCCAUUCGCAAUGGGCGGUGCCCGCAGCAACUCCAUGGUGCUGCGAGCAAUUCCCGCCUGGAGUGAUGGACGAGGUAGCAGCGUGGUGCCCAAGCCUCUCUUGGGAGCCUCCAAUGUGGUUCCACUGACAGGGGGACCUGCAGACCCACAACAGGCUUUCGGGAGGGCCAGCUUGAUGGAACCCCGCUCUUCGCCGAGGAGCAGAGUUGGAGACCCCUAUGGCAUGGCAGCCAUGCCCGGCAGCUCGGUGGGCAGCGACCGUUUUGUCCGAGGUAUCAGGGGUGCCAUGAUGCCCACUCAUCACGCCCACUGGAUGGACCCUAGGGCAAAGGCCAUGGACUCGAGAUUCAUCUCGACAAGCAUCGCUCUUCGUGUUCGUCGGGAUGGUUCAGUGCUGGACAGACAUCCUCGCGCCUUCACGAGAUAGGGGGCCCUCUUGGACGAACCGGAACAUUGUACAAAGAAGUUACCCAGAGUUUGCCCAUUGUCAUAUUUAAAAUCAAAACCAUCGACAACAAAGUGUGCAGAAAUAAAAUACGACAAAAGAAA